CCCGACUGGCAGGAGCAGUUCCAGGCUGCAGUCGGCGUCAUCCAGAAGCUGCCCAAGAAUGGCUCUUACCGCCCCUCCUACGAAGAGAUGCUGCGAUUCUACAGCUACUACAAGCAGGCCACCGUGGGGCCCUGCCUGGUACCCCGGCCCGGGUUCUGGGACCCCAUUGGACGAUACAAGUGGGACGCCUGGAACAGCCUGGGCAGGAUGAGCAGGCAGGAAGCCAUGUCUGCCUACAUCACUGAGAUGAAGCUGGUGGCCCAGAAGGUGAUCAACACAGUGCCCCUGGGUGAGGUGGCAGAGGACAUGUUUGGUCACUUCGAGCCCCUGUACCAGGUGAUCCCUGACAUGCCGCAGCCCCCGGAGACCUUCCUGAGAAGGGUCGCAGGGCGGAAGGAGCAGGUGCGGAAUGCAGAUGUGGCGGCUGUUUCAGAGCCUCCCUGCCUCCCUGAGAAACCAGCUUCCCCAAGCCCAGAGUCCCAGCCGCCCAGGGAUCUGGAUGCUGAGGUGUUCUGUGAUUCCCUGGAGCAGCUAGAGCCUGAGCUGGUCUGGGCAGAGCAGAGGACAGCACCUGGAGGAGAGCCUGACGCCAGGGACAGCCCUGAGCCCUCCCGAGAGAAGGAGGGGUCAGGGGGCAGCCUGCCUGGGCCCCCGGAGUUGGACACGUGGCUGGUGGGAACAGUUCGGGCACUGCAAGAGAGCAUGUGGGAUGUGCAGGGGAGACUGCGGACCCUGGAGAGCACGCCCCGGCCCCCGGAGCAGCAGGGACCCCGGCCCAGUGCCCGGCCUUGGCCUCUCAGGCUCUCAGGCCCCACGCUGCUGUUCUUCCUCCUGUGGCCUUUCGUCGUCCAGUGGCUUUUCCGACAGUUUCGGCCCCAGAAGAGGUGACGGUCCCGCUUGCCCUGCGCCUAGUCCUAGGGUCUGGG